UUAUAUCCAUUGGCUUAGCCUGAGAGACACUGUGUCGGAUCAGCUUCGAAGGCGCUCCUGAUCUCUCUUUUGGGAGUUUCACCAUGCUGCUUCUUUUGUUCGCGCAUUCUCCUUUAAUAAUUUUGCUUCUUGAAGUUGUCUUUUUCCUUACUCCUUUUUUCCGUUAUCCCAUAUCGUGCAGCUUUCUUGGUUUACAAGAAGCAAAGGGUUCGCUAAGACGGACUGCACUGCACAUGCCUAUUAGAUACCAACCCUUUACGAUCUAUAGUGAUCGUCUUGCUUCUAAGAAGUCGAGCUCGGGUCGCUAGCAAGCCGAAGUUCUUGAACCUGAACCGUUUUCCGAGCUUCUGGUUCGUUCCCUCUGGUCCCGCCUUGCCCUGCCG